UCCAUUUCUGCUAUUGUAUUGUUAUUAUACUGGCAGCUUUCUCUCUAUAAAGACACAUUAGUGAAAGAAAAUGGCAAGCUCAGGCUCAUUCUCCAGGCAGCUAAGUGGCAGGGAAGAUUGGAUAUCAACAUCUAAGAGGUGGGGUUGCAAUAACCAAUCCAAGCACAGCACUGCUGAAACUGGUUUCAACUGGGGUUGCGAGACGAGUUUUCAGCAAAUGGAGGAGCUUAACAAUGGUGGGUUGGGUAUGAGAAAGAGAGUGAUGGUGGUGGUGGAUUACACGUCUCACUCCAGGCAUGCAAUGAUAUGGGCACUCACUCAUGCAGCUAACAAGGGUGAUUUGCUCACUCUGCUUCACAUUAUCCCUUCUGGUGCUGAUUCUUCUUCUCCUCAUCUUGCUAAUUCUCUUGGCUCUCUUUGCAAAGCUUGUAAACCUCAGGUGGAAGUGGAAGCACUAGUAAUCCAUGGGCCAAGGCUGGCCACAGUGAUGAACCAAGUGAAGAAGCUAGAUGUUUCUGUUCUAGUAGUAGGCCACAAAAGACCCUCUCCCCUUACCAGUUGCCUCUGUGGAAGCAGCAGCAGUGAGGAUUUUGUGGAGCAGUGUAUUAACAAUGCAGAGUGCCUGACUAUUGGAGUGAGCAAGCAAAGCAAAAAUGUGGGUGGUUAUCUUAUCAGCACCAGAUGGAAGAAGAACUUCUGGCUCUUGGCUUAGUUCGAACAUCACGUUUACUUAGAUAAAAAGAGUUAUUAUAAUUAUUAGAUUCUAAUCUCAGUCUCUGUAAAAUGUGAGCUUACUUAAUGCUAACUAUAUCGUCCUUCGUACCAAUUAAAUAUCAUGGCAAUUUCUCUCUUUUUAAGUUUUGUAGCCAAUAGUCACUGAGCAUCAGGUGAUGGCAGAUACAUUCUCUGAGUUAGUUUUUGAGAAAAUUACUAUUUAAUCUUGAGAAUG